CCGCCCCAUAAACCUGUUGUUUUAUUUGAGUAAGUAGCCUACAUUUUACAUUUAGUCAAGAUGAGCAGCAACAUGACAACUGAACGGGAGAAGUGUUACGACCCUCAAGACAAAACACUUACAUUUAUCAAUGGAGAGGAUGAUUUAGACUUUCUGUGUAUUGGCUACAAGUCUCUGAGAGCAAAGAUGUCCUGUGGUCAUGCUGUCACUCCGAUGUCUCUCACUGACUGGUGUCGCAGGUUGUUGGACAAGGGUGAAUGCAGAUUUGUGUGUGGUCAACCUCGCUGUGAUGUUGAGUGGCCCUUUGAGGAGGUUUGUAAAAUGGCUCUUCUAAGCCCUGAAGAAAAGAAGCACUUUGAACAGGAGAUGUUCAGCAAUGCUCAUGACUUGAAACUUUGUCCUGGUUGCAAGUCCUCUGUGGUGAGAACUGAUCCCAGUAAUCUGAGUAUUGAAUGCUCAGUGUGCACAGCUAACAAACAAAGGUCUUAUAGAUUCUGCUGGCAGUGUUUGAAGGAAUGGAAAGGUCCGGCUCCACGUUCAGACCGCUGUGAAAACGAUGGCUGCAUUAAUCAGCAACUAGAAACACUGAGAAACUCUCCAGUCAUUGUCUUUAAGAAGGUGAAGGAGGUCACUGGCUGUCCCUCCAUCCGUGCCUGUCCCACCUGUGGUUUGCUGCUGGAGCAUAACAGAAAAUACUGUAAAACCAUCAUCUGUCGCCGCUGUAAGGUGAAGUUCUGUUUUGUGUGCCUGAAGCUUACUGGAGUGUGCCGAAACCCAUACGGUCUGUGCUCCACUGGGGUAGCACCUAGACAGACCUCUAUACCUGUGUGGCAGAGGAAAUAAUGCUGUUGAUUUAACACUGUGAUCUCCUUUUUCUUAAUUAAGCCGAUCAUAAAUGAACUCCACACCAGUUUUAAAUCACACUAAAGAUCUCUUUUGAACUUGUACUUUGAAUUUGGAACAAUAUCAUCACAACAUGAGAAUUAGCUCUUUCUCUCCACAAUUGAAGCAUUAAGUAAGACCAUUUCUACUUCAAACUCACUGUUUAUUCUAUUUUUGUAUCAUUUUGCUGGAUGUUGCUUCUUCACUGUUCUCUCAUUGUUAAAGCUUGUUGUCAUCUUGAUCUAAUGUCUUUAUUCAAUCGGUUAACUUCACAUUUCAUUGUUUUAUCAUUAUGGGUUUGUUUUUGUGUUUUUUUUUAACUAAUCAUUUGUUUUCCUAACAUGAAUUAAACCAUUGUUGCUUUUCCUGUGAAAUAAAGAUAAAUAAAUAUA